ACGAGAAAAGUUCGAUUUCACACAGGAAAAAAAGUUAUUUUCAAUCUUCUUGCAAGUUUAAUUAUUUGAAAAUUUACAGUGAUUAUCUCAAACUACAUUUCUGGCCCCAUGUGAUUCCCAAAAGUGUGAAGUUAAAACAGUGAUUCAGUGUUUUCGCUGCCGCAGUUCUCGAGAUAAAAGUGAAUCAGAUCCAAAAUUUUCAUCUUCAACAUUCCGGACGUAUUCGAGAGUGUUAUGUGUGUUGUAAGGCAGUAAGUUGUUUUUCAUGCUUGGAAAAUUGGCAGUUCGACUGCAGCAAAGUUCCGGCCAGAACACGCAGAAUGAUCCGGCUGCAGGAGGAUAGGCUCCGGAAACAGCAGUUAUUAGUCACUUUCGAUCGCGCUCGGUAUGGAAACGAUAUAGAGGUGCUCUAGUACGAUCGAAACGAAAAGUUGAAAAAAAAAUCGCAGGCGGCAACCAACAUUCCUCACCUGAACCGUUUCGAAGUGGUCAAUCAAAACAGACCGGACGGCUACAGCAAUUCCGGUUGACCAACGUGUGAAUCGUAGAUACUCUCCUCCUGUAAGGAACAGAUCGAAUAGUAAGCAGGAUUUGACCAUAUUUUAAAGAUUGCGUUAGGAUUACGGUAGUGUAGGACCAACACCGUACAGGAGAGCGGUUAUUUUUGUACAAAUCAAGCGGCGUAUCUUCUUAAAUCCGCCUCCCUAUAUAAUAGAAAUAUAAAAUCUAAGUCCGCAAAGUAUUCGCCAAAUUCGAAAUUAGAUAUAGGUUGAGCUGCCGGUGCAGCUGCAAAAACUAAUAGCCAUGAGAACAAAACACUUUUUGCUGGUUCUUUGUAUAGUGAUAGCGACCAGCUUACUGUUGAUAUUACUUGGCCCAGCAGGUCAGCAAAAUGACUCGAUUAAAAGUAUCGUUUCGCAGACGCAUGAGCAACUACGGAAUCUGAAGAACAAUCUUCGAGAAGCCAGCGACCAUCACCCGGAAAUUGAUCCCAAAUAUCUGGCCCAGCUUGGGUUUACCCAAUCGAUCUACAAUGGCACACGGGCCAAUUUUUCCGUUGUAACGUAUGCCCUCGCCGGUGAGGUGGCAUCCACUAUUCUCUAUGCACAAAACAUCGCUGCGAAAUUACCGAUGGAACAACUGCUUAUCUACGAUCUCGGCCUGUCAGAGGUGGAUUUGCACUCGUUACAAUCGUUUUGCAAUAGCUCUCGAUGUUCUGUGAUAGCCUACGACGUUAGCUCGCUGCCUUCGUAUGUUGGCGAUGAGAACAUGCAUGCUUUUCGGCCGGUCAUCAUUCACGAUGCCCUAACGCGGGCUCACACAAUUCUGUUCACUGAGAAUAACAUUCGUUUGAGGAUCUCGGACAGAGAACUUGCAGCUCUACGAUCAAAGACUGAAAACGGCAGCGGCAUCAUGGGGUGGACCACGCAACAGGCCGUGACCAGUCGGACCCAUCCGAAAAUGUUUGACUAUUUCGACACGGACGCAGAUAAUUUUCUGUUUCUGCCGAUGGUUUCACUGGAUCUCGUGUUCUUCGUCAGUACUCCAACCAUUAACGAUAAGGUUAUGCUGCCGUGGGUACGGUGCAUGCUGACGCCCGAAUGUUUACAUCCUAUAGGUGCACAGUCAGGCGGUUGCAAGUAUAACAAAAAACCUCAGUAUCGCUACUCGGGAUGUCACGCUUACGAUACUUCCGCUUUUAACAUCAUCCUUGGACUGACGUUCGGUUUCGACGAGAGCAAAUAUUCAACUCACGAAGACCCAGGGAGUCUAUACACGCUGGAAAGUCAGGAGCAGGCUACCAAGAUUCUCGAGAACCGACGGAAAAACAUCACCGACACAUCAGAUCAUCCCUACACGGACGAAUAAUGAGGUGAACUAUCACGUUCUAACCACCUAUCGCUAUCUCUUCUAGGCUCGUAUGCAUAUACUCACACGUUUACCCUCCAAAUUAGCCUCUAUUUGUAAUAGAACUACACAAAGGUCAGCACGCAGGGGAUACUGGAGUCGUUUAUCUUAGAGUAUACUUAAUGUACUUUUUACAAUGGAAGAAGGCCCCUUUGCCACCAUUUAUUUAUUUGCAACGUUUUGGAUAUUUAUGGCUCUAGACAGGUGCAUAGGGAACGACGCAAACGCAAACAAUGCAAUGCUCGAAAAGGUGAUAACCGAGCUCGUGCGAAAGAAAAAGAUUAAACUCAUACCUUGAACAAAUACGGCCCGGCAAUGCACUGCAAACACAGACAAAUCACACAGCCGCACAUACAUGGAUAACAAAAUUUACCUAUAGAUGGAACAAGCUCUAAAACAGCCGCCGAGGACGAGCCGCACAAGUAUCGUCUAAAUACGUCGUAAUCUUUGAAUAGCGCUAUAUCUUGAAGCAAACAAUUUGUUUUAUUUUUCUCCUGAAUAUUGUUGUAACAUGACUAAUUUUGUAACAGAACCCGGUGACUCAUUGUGCUGUUCUUGUAAUUAUAAUAUAUUCUUCGUGCGGACAUUCAGUCAGUUUCUGAAAUUUAAAUUUACAGCAAAAUAAUCCUGAAAUGGCCGACAUUUGUCUCAAAGAAUUGCAUCCUAAUGUUUGUUGAACUAAUGGUUUCGAUGCUUUUGCAGUCUUAUCAAAUAAGUUUAUCAUUUGGAAGCCUAUUUAAACACAUUAUUGGAUGCAUUCUUAUUCAAAGUCACCGUUGUGUUGCAUUCUCUUUUAUUAAAGUCACUGCACAUAAAGUAAACACUGCUGGACGGUUCUCAUUCAUAUUCCUAUAUUCCUGUUUUAUUGCUGAUUGCAAUUUAGCUCAGUUUAAUUUGAACGAGAUUUAACCAAACUGAGCCGCCCAAAGUGUUCAUAAAUUAAAAUACGAUUUCCACACUUCGGGGUCUCACCAAAGUGAAUCUCUGUUAGUGUUUGACAGAUUAAUUGUCUAUUAAGACGCGUUAUUCGGUCGUAAUUGCUGUACGUGAGUACAGUACUCAUCUUGGAUGAAUCUCAACGGGAAUCUGAAAUAGUGAAAUAUCCUAAACCAAAGUGAAACACUUUAUACAAUAGGAAAUAACAAAAUGCAAUCGAAAACUCAAACUUUAUAUGUUGUGUUACGUUGUCCUCUUGAAAUCAAAAAUUAGAACAAACUUUUGACCAUGCAAAAUCAUAUAGUAAAAAUGUAAUCAAACGGAAUGUUGCUUACUUAAUUGCCUAUCAAAAAACGUUCCAUGUGCAACCAAAGAGAUAAGCGCAAGUAAGUCGGGCCUAGUACCCCCUUUACCUCACAAGACCACUCGGAAAUCAUCUAACACUUGGAACCAUCUGAUCGACAACAGCGCACAUCCCAACGGGUACAUUGUGUGUCCCGGAGUCAUCUGCUUCUAUCUAGUUCUCUGCUGCAUAUUGCUUUCGCUUCAGCACCUUCAGACACCUGGUAGCUUUCGUGGUAUUGUAAUGCCUGCGCAACAUUCCUUCUUUUAAUUUACCAGCAAGAAUUGAGCUUCGGAACGGGGAGGAUUAGCGACUUACGGAAUGCAUGCUUUGCACGAACUUGCAGGUUGCAUAACCCAAGCUGGCAGAAGACCGCCGCAACCCGUCUUUUUACUUUAUGACUCACAUACUUACCGCAUGUCACUAACAUACAAAGGUAGACAAUUCAUCAAUCACUACAAAAGUAUAUCCAUCCAUCAAUACCGCAGUUCCUCUCUCCUGCGAAGAGCUAUCACGCUCUCUACCGGACACCAUUUACUUCGUUUUUGCAGGGUUUGUGAUAAGCUCUAUCCUCGCAGCUUCCUGCACAAGGUGCAUAUGCGCCUUUUCCACAACUCUACGGAUUGAUAUCGAUGUUGUCCGUCAACCCUAGUGGAAUUUAAGACGGCUUCGCCGUACACCUAAACUUUAACAGCACUUUUCAAUGCAAUGUUGAAUAGCAAAUUCGAUAGUCCGUCACCUUAUUUCGAUCCGUCUAUGACGCAAAUGAGUCCCACAUCUCACCCGCAGUUCUGACGCUUGGCUUUGAACCAUAAAGUGUAGCACGUAUUUGCUCAAUCAGUUAUGUUAGAAAACCAUGUUAACAAAUAUAAUCCGCCACAACUGAUUUCGCUUAACUGAAUCGUACGCCGCCUUAAAGUUUAUAAACAAAUAGGGAUCCUGCAAGUUGAAUUCUCGGAAUUUAUCGAAGAUCUGUCGCAAGGUAAACCUUUGAUCCGCAUGGAGCGCCCCACUCGAAAAUCGCACUGGUAUUUGUCAACAAAGAUUUUCUACAACGGCCACCUGUGAAACAAGACAAGAAAAUUUUGUAGUUAUACGCGCAGCCUGCUGUAGUUAUACGCGUAGCCCUUUUUCGCCCGAAGUAGGACUGUGCAUUUAGUAACAUGUGAGCGGAGUCGUAGUCGCUUUUAGAGCCCGUACAGAGUAAAAGCGACUGCAACGCAAA